AUGACUAGCACCGAAAGCACCGAUGUGACGGCGGCGAAGCGACAUUCGGAGACAGAAGAGGAAACUCACAAUAAAAAACCCAAAAUGGAAGAUGAAGAUGGCGUAAACCUGGAAGAAGGCGGCGAUUGCGAAGAGGAAUUCGACGACGCCGGAGCCAAGGCCAAACCGAAAGGAUACUUAAAGUAUCCACCCGCACGAGAAGUGGAACCGGAGUGGGAUAAAGACAGCUUUGAUGAUCUUGAUGAAUUUGUACCGAAUCCGGAGUCCCGUGGCUACUUCCAGAACGACGAGGAUUACCAAGAAUUCUGCGAAAGUAGGAAACAGGCUUUGAAGGACAGGGGAUUUUUACCAGAUGAAGCCAACAACAUCUACCCAAUUGUGGAUCUGGAAGAACCUUGGACUACACAGACUACUACUAGGGAGUACUUGGCGGAUCUUGCACGUUUGUGUGUUAAGAAACUCAACGAGGAGGAGGGGUCGACGGUGGAAUUCCUAAGUGUUGUGAGAGGCAACAUAUGCGCAGGAGGUAGGUGGAAGCUGUACAUCACGUUCAUGGCACGGGAGCAUCCUGGUGGGGAUCCCGUAGAGUAUCAAGCCAAGGCCAUGGAUUUUGCUGGAGGGUAUAAUAGGCCUCCCUUUCCCAUUCUCUGCAGACCAGCCCCUCUUAACCGCUAG